AUGGCGGAGACGAAGCGAAAAUCAAGAGGCGAGGCAAAGGGUAGGAGAGGCAAACCCAGCAAGAAGCAAAAGAAAGGCACCGAUACAAGAGAAAGAAAAGGCCCUCGUUUGCCCAACGCUCUGCGAAAGGAGCUCGAACGCUUAAACCCUGUUGAUGAGGGUUUUGGUUCCGACGAGGAUCAGGAAGAGGUUUAUGGCCGGGACUUGUAUGAGUACGAAGAGGAGCUGCCGGAGGAGGAGUCCAAGAAGAACCGCCGGUACGACCCCGUCGAGAAUCUCGAGUAUCAGAUGCCUGAGGAAUUUGAGGAUGAAAAUGUGUCAUCGGAUGAUGACAAUGACACCAGGAACGCUGGAGAGGAUGGGGUUGAGGACGAGGACGAGGAGGAUGAUGAUGGAAGGCAAAGAACCACACGAAUUACAAGUGAAGCUUUUGAAGGGAAGAAGAAGAAGAAAAACAAUGUUGUUAUCUCAGAGGCAUAUCCCGAGUCUGAGUAUAACCCUACCCGUGAUAUGUUGGAGGGUGAAGGACCCGUUAGCAUUGGAGACCUUCUGGACCCUCUCCAUGGAGUAUCUGGUUAUAGCAAACUUAGAAAGAGAAUACAUCAUUUGGAAAAGAAAUCUGUUCCUACUCCUGCUCCGCUUCCAAAGGCAGAUCAAGAGAAAUUGGAGAGGAAAGCAGCCUAUGAAAAAUCAAAGGAAGAGUUGCAGAAGUGGGAGCCAAUCAUUAAGAGGAACAGGGAGGCGCCUACCAUAUAUUUUGACGAUGAUAUGGAUUUGGGGUUUUCAACUGUGGGAGCAAUAGCUUCUGAAUUUGAACCUAGAACAGAAUUUGAGAAGAAAAUUGCUUCAUUAGUUUAUGACGACCAGGUUAUGGAGGCUCACCAAAAAGAUGGGUCAAGGCUUCUUGAAUUAAAUAAGGUAUCAGCUGAAGAUGAAAAGGACCGCCAUAAUCGAAUGGCCAAAAUGCGCAGCCUUCUCUUCCGUCAUGAAAUGAAGUCAAAACACAUAAAAAAGAUCAAAUCCAAAACAUAUCAUCGUCUGUUGAAGAAAGAUAGAUUGAAGGCAUCAUCUACACAAAGUCAAAUGGAUCCAGAAGCUGCUAAAGAACUCGCAAUGAAGCAAGAGUAUGAGAGAGCAAAGGAACGAAUGACUCUGAGGCAUAAAGGUAGCUCCAAGUGGACCAAGCGCAUCAAAGAGCGUGGUAUAGAUGUCCAAGAUGAAGGAACUCGGACUGCGAUUGCCGAACAGCAGCACCUGCAUGCUCUGCUAACAAGAAAAAUGAAUUCUAUGAAAGAUGGUAGUAGCAGUAGCAGUGAUGACAGUAGUGAUGAGGAUGAUGUAGAUGUAUAUUCAGCUGGUUCAGAUCAGGCUAGGGCAUCAAAGUUGUUAGAAAAAGCAAAGGAGAAGACACUUAACUUGUUGGAUGAAGAUGAUGAAGUGCCUAAUUCAGGAGUGCUUUCAUUACCUUUUAUGGUGCGUGGAUUUAAAAAAAGGAAUGAGGCAGCUGCUGAAGAAGCUAAACUUGCUCUUCAAGAGUAUGAGUCAUGGUCAAAUCAGUUGGAGGAUUCAAAUGGGACAGAUAAUGCAAAAUUGGCCCCUCCAAGUGGUAGAAUGGUCUUCAAUGCAUCCAAGAAGGAGGCUCCAGAAUCAAGUAAUAAGACCAAAUCAGAUAAUAAGAUUAGAUCAGAUAAUUAUUAUGGUAAUAGUGAUAGUGAAGAUGACUUCGAGCCCAAAGAAAAUGUUGAUAUCAGGGAAGACAGAAGUAGUGAUUUGCAGAACAAUGGCGGCAUUAAUCCUGUCUUACUAAAUAAGGAAUCUAAAAAUCAUAAGGAUUCUCUUUUCAAGAACUUUGAUGAUAUUGUUCAAGACCCAGGUCCGAAGACAACACAUGACGUUUCUAUUUUUGCUUCAGGCACAUGGAAAAAGAUGAAAGGUGGCAACAAUGCAGAUGCCAAUGUGAAUAAGCCUACUCGACCCUUGGAAUCAGUUGUGCUCAAUCAAAAUUUGCAAGAACCUGUGAAGGAUUUGGACGAGGAUAGUGAUGCAGAUAGUGAGGGGCAGAUGGUAGAUGGGGUUCUUACUUCGGAUCCAAAAGUUGAAUCAUCUUAUGAACUUCCUUCUCAAGCUGAGAUAAUUCGUCAAGCCUUUGCGGCUGAUGAUGUGGAGGAUGACUUUGAGAAGGAAAAACAGGAAGUCCUGAACGAGGAAAAUCCUGAACCCGAAAAGCCUGUUUUACUCCCUGGAUGGGGUCAGUGGACUCAUGUACAGAAAAAGAAAGGCUUACCUUCUUGGAUGUUGCAAGAACAUGAAAGUGCAAAGAGGAUGAGAGAAGAAACCCUUAAAAAGAGGAAGGAUGCACAUCUUAAACGUGUUAUUAUCUCAGAAAAGUUGGAUAAAAAGGCUGAGAAACUUUAUACAAAAUCAUUGCCUUACCCUUUCACGUCCAAAGAAGUUUAUGAACAUAGCAUCCGCAUGCCCCUUGGUCCUGAAUUCAACCCCGCAACUGCGGUUGGAGCUCUUAAUCGGCCUGAAGUAAUGAAGAAACCUGGUGUGAUUAUAAAGCCCAUCGAGUUUGAGGAGGUGAAUCCUUAUGAAAGAAUAGAGGAGCAAACACAAAGUGGAAAGAAACAGAAAAAGAGGAAUAAGAGUAAAAGCAAUAGCGGCAAAAAUGGGACAAAGGUGAAAACUAAGCUCAAGAAUUAG